UUUAUUAAAAAUUGCCAUUUUAUUGAAAAUUAUUUAAUAGUUAUAGAAAGGGGGAUUAAAUUGGAGACAAUGAGUUACAUGGUUGGACAUUUUGAACACACGAUAAGCAAUUCUGGCAGGUGAAUUAAUUGCUUGUUAAGUCAAUCGGAAUUUGAUCAUUUGAUACGCAAAAUUGUCGAUUCUCACGACAUGCUUUCACGCGAGGGUAUAAGGAUGAAUCUUGCAUCGAUCGUGGCAUUUCCACUGUCGCGCAUUUUUCCCGCGCCGAUCCACGCGACACCGGAUGUCCAAACCAGCCAGGAUGCAUGUUUCAAAAUCCCCCGCCUUGCGCGCGACGUUCGGUGCUUGCACCAUUUGGGGGAUUGGUGUUCCCACGCGAAGAAUACCCGGGGUGGACAAUCACACAACAGAAAUUCUAGUUUCGCGAACCGGACCGUGAUCCGGUUUCAUCGGGUUUUCUCCCGAAGGAGCAGAGAAACGCGCGAAACGGAAACGAAGGCCGCAAGCGCGAAGGAAGGGCGUGGCGCCCCCUUGCACGAUCACGGUCCUGGCGCUCUCUGAGCUCUCUGGGGAGGGGGACUGCUGACAGGCGCGGAAGGGGGCGAGAGGGUAAGAGAGUAAGAGAGAGAAAGAAGAGAGAGGGAGCGCUGUAGGGAGCUUCCGUUUAUUGCGAGGUCAGAGAAGGCAGGCUGCGCGUUACAGUGUGGUGCUGUUGAAAAACACGAUGAAAAUGGCGUGGCAUCCGGACGAGGAAGGACUCAGACAAAUCCUGACGCUGCUUAAGGAGUCGCAGAGUCCGGACACGGCGACCCAGCGGGCCGUACAACAAAAAUUGGAAGAGCUGAACAAAUUCCCGGAUUUCAACAAUUAUCUGAUUUUCGUUCUGACGAAAUUGACAUCGGAAGAUGAACCUACUAGGUCUCUGAGUGGACUGAUUUUGAAAAACAAUGUAAAGACCCACUUUCAUAAAUUUUUACCAGAGGUUAUAAAUUUCGUGAAGCAAGAAUGUCUCUCGGCUGUCGGAGAUCCAUCGCCGCUGAUUCGGGCGACCGUCGGUAUUUUGAUCACCACUGUUGCAUCAAGAGGUGAAUUAACGACUUGGCCGGAAUUGUUGCCAGCGUUGUGUCAAAUGCUGGACUCGCAAGAUUAUAACGUUUGCGAGGGCGCAUUUGGCGCACUUCAGAAGAUUUGUGAGGACUCGGCGGAAAUCUUAGAUUCGGACGCUCUGAAUCGUCCCCUGAACAUUUUGAUUCCAAAGUUCCUUCAAUUCUUUAGACAUUCAAGUCCCAAGAUCAGAUCCCAUGCAAUAGCGUGCGUCAAUCAGUUCAUCAUUCAACGCACGCAAGCGCUCAUGAUACAUAUAGACAGCUUUUUGGAGAAUCUUUUCCAUUUAGCUUCGGACGAUGAUUCAGAGGUCCGAAAAAACGUGUGCAGGGCACUGGUGAUGCUACUCGAGGUACGAAUGGAUCGACUAAUACCACAUAUGCACAAUAUAAUAGAGUACAUGCUAUUGAGAACUCAAGAUGUUGACGAAGGAGUGGCAUUGGAGGCAUGCGAGUUUUGGUUGUCACUAGCAGAGCAGCCAAUUUGCAAAGAGGCACUUGCGCCACAUCUGACUCGAUUAGUACCUAUUUUGGUGAAGGGUAUGAAAUAUUCAGAAAUUGACAUAAUCCUCCUCAAAGGAGAUGUGGAGGAAGAUGAAAUGAUUCCGGACCGGGAGGAGGAUAUCCGACCACGUUUUCACAAAUCCAAGACACAUCAUUCGCAUCAUGCUAAUGGUAUGGGCAGGCACGCCGUCGAGGAGAAUGGCGGCGUGAAUGGCGGGUGUGACGACGAGGACAUUGACGUUGAGGACGGUUGUGAUGACGAUUCAACUUUGAGCGAUUGGAAUUUGAGAAAAUGCUCCGCUGCCGCCUUGGAUAUGCUGGCUAAUGUUUUCAGAGAAGAACUUCUGCCAGUUUUGGUGCCAAUCCUGAAGGAGACUCUCUUCCAUCAGUCUUGGGAGAUCAAGGAAUCUGGUAUCUUGGCACUGGGCGCUAUCGCAGAGGGUUGUAUGAGCGGCAUGAUUCCACAUCUGUCAGAGCUCAUUCCCUACCUAAUUGGUUGUCUGAGCGACAAGAAGGCUCUUGUGCGUGCCAUAACUUGCUGGACGUUGAGCCGUUACGCGCAUUGGGUUUGUGCGCAGCCUCACGAGACUCAUUUAAAACCUCUUAUGACGGAACUACUGAAAAGGGUGUUAGACAGCAAUAAACGCGUUCAAGAAGCGGCAUGUUCUGCUUUUGCGACUUUAGAGGAAGAGGCUUGUACCGAACUGGUUCCUUACCUCGGAUUCAUUCUUGAAACGCUUGUCUUCGCGUUCAGUAAAUAUCAGCAUAAGAAUCUUUUAAUUCUGUACGAUGCGAUCGGCACUCUCGCUGAUUCUGUGGGUCAUCAUCUGAACAGACCAGACUAUAUCAAUCUUUUGAUGCCACCUCUCAUUAAUAAAUGGAAUGUAUUGAAAGAUGAAGAUAAAGAUCUAUUCCCGUUACUUGAAUGCCUUUCUUCGGUAGCAACCGCGUUGCGUUCGGGUUUCUUACCGUACUGCGAACCUGUGUACAAGCGAUGCGUGUCACUUGUAGAACAAACGCUGAACCAACAUAUAGCGAGUACGCAGAGUCCAGAGCAAUUUGAGGCGCCUGAUAAAGACUUUAUGAUAGUCGCAUUGGACCUUCUUAGUGGAUUAGCAGAAGGAUUGGAUGGUCAUAUGAAUCGUCUGGUAAUGGAUAGCAAUGUUAUGCACUUAUUGUACCAGUGUAUGCAGGACACUAUGCCGGAAGUCAGACAGAGUAGCUUCGCUUUGUUAGGAGAUCUUACGAAAGCUUGCUUCCAAUACGUGCUCCCCUAUAUACCGGAGUUUAUGCCUAUACUUGGACAAAACUUGCAUCCACAAUUUAUAUCAGUAUGUAACAACGCAACAUGGGCGAUCGGUGAAAUUUCAAUAAAACUUGGACCUGACACGAGUGCGUAUAUCCCGUUAAUUUUGACACAGCUUGUCGAGAUCAUCAAUCGACCUGACACGCCGAAAACACUGUUGGAAAACACGGCCAUAACGAUCGGUCGCCUAGGUUAUGUGUGUCCCCACGAGGUCGCCCCCAUGUUACAGCAGUUUGUCCGACAGUGGUGUACUUCUUUGCGAAGCAUAAGAGAUAACGAAGAGAAGGACUCUGCCUUCAGAGGUAUGUGUCAAAUGAUUACUGUCAAUCCAGCUGGUGUCGUCCAGGACUUUAUCUUCUUCUGUGACGCUGUGGCAUCGUGGUCAGCGCCGAAGGAUGACUUGAAGGAGAUGUUUCAAAAGAUACUGUUCACAUUCAAAAGUCAAGUAGGCGAGGACAAUUGGAAACGAUUUUCCGACCAAUUUCCGCCGCAGCUCAGUGAGCGGCUUCAGAACAUGUACGGCGUCUGAACAGUUCCGCCUGAAAGCGAAGGCCGCAUAAUGCAGCAGGCCAAAUGGGGUGGGCGGGAAACAAGGGGCGAAUGGGACGGGUGGGUGAAACCACGGCCUCUUCUCAUCAACAUCGUUGUCGUUACCGUGUCAUCGUGGUAUGUUACUGUCAUGUUUUGGGGGGAAACGAUGAAAGACAUGCCAUGUCUUUUAAGCCUUGGGUUAAAGCUGGUGAAGCUCAGAAGAAAGAGAACGAAGAAGAAAAGAGAGAUAAAUGUUAGCGAGUCGAAGCUAAAAAGGCAAGAACGACAAGAGAUAAGCAUUGGCCGAAAAAGUAAAAGCGUGGGUGGGCGGGGAUGGGAUUUACUUCAGGGUGGGAGGGAGGAAUUUUGUGGGGAUCACCGACUACACAUAUUGAGAGACGGAACGAGGUAUUCCGUAACAACAAUCUGAUACCUUGGACGUACAUGCUCUGUACACUCCGUUUCCAUUAACGCUACCGCGUAACACUGAACGUGAAAGUGUUAUUUGAUUCUCGCGUAUGUCAAAAUGUGACAAAUGUCGCCACGGCCAACUCUGCCCCGGCUCUUUAAUAUAAUUAGAUAUAUAUAUUAUUGAAUAACCAACUCUCAAGAAUAGUUGGACUAAGAAUUUAGCAUAGAUCUCACGUUAUAGAGAUCGCGCGCGCACACUGUGAUCGAAAAUUUGUGUGUUAAACAUUGAUCAUUUUUUUCUUUUUCUUCCACCUCCCCUCCUUUUUUUCCUUCGAGAGAAAGAGAGCGAAAGAGAGAGCGUGCGCGCGAAAGCGAGAGAUUAUUCAAAUGUAUUUGUAGAGUUUUAGAGACAAGAUAGAGCUACUUAUUUGAUAAUUAAUAUGAUACAAGGUAGAGUAUGUUAUUAGAAAUUUCAUAGUGUACAGGUUUUUCGAGAAUAUUGUAUUUUUAUACGUUGAGAAGAAAACAUACAUACAUACACAUGAAGAUGAUAAACGCAGAAAGUGCCAUUCCGUCGUUUCGAACCAAAAUUUUUCCGCUUAUUUUAUUCUCUCCCUUGCUGAUAUUGUGAUAUUAGGUUAUACGCGAUAACUUUUUGUCAUCAUGUGUAAAACAUUUCAAAUGUAUGCGUGCAUAUGCAUAUACAUAUAUAUUAUGCAACCCAUUAUAUGUAUAUGUACGUAUAUCAACAUGAUACGAUGUUUUAACUUGCAGACUAUUUUGUGAUUAUUUUUUUGUUAAACAUAUAAAAUUAGUAUCAUAUUACAUUAGUAUUAGUGUAAAUAUAGAUAAAUACAUUUUAGAAUGGACGUUUUUGUUAAUCAUUAUAAUAGAUACUUCAAAUCUUUGCUGAUCUAUCAAAGUCUCUCUCGAGUUGUUCAAGUCGUCGAUUACAAAAAAAAAAAAAAAAAAAUUACAGAAACGAUUCACAGAGCAAGCGAAUCUAUGACGUGAAAUCUAUGGCGAUGUUAAUUUUAUUUGCGAUAUAAUGAUCUCGACAAAUCAUCUGGAUAAAGAAAUCUUACGUUUAAAUCAUUUUUCAAAGAGAGAGAGAGAGAGAGAAAGAAGAGAGCAGACUGUCAUUCCAGUCCCACUUGCUUGGGCCAGUUAAAAAAAGUAAGCAAGUCUUUUUAUCUUAAAGUGGUGUGCGUUUUUAUUUCGGUCGUUACUUAAAAAAAGAAUGAAAAAUUAUAAUUCAUAUUGUGACAAAAUAUGUAUUAUCGACAAUUGAGUAUAUAUAUUAUUUAUAUAUAUAUAUAUAUAUAUACAUCCCAGACAUGAAGUUGCGAGAUCUUUCAACCGCGAUAUUUUCUGAUUUUGUUUUAUAAAAAAAACAUCUAUGUUUUAAUUUUCACCUUCUCGCACACACAUUGAGACCAAGUAAGAAAAAAAGAGAUAAAGAAACGGUAAUCUGGAAAAAACAAAAUACUGACCAUCGUUAAGUCUUCAUUGUCAAUCAAAUUUUAAAGUCUAUCAAUAAAAGAUCCAACGACUGGCGGGAACCGAACGAGCGCAGGCGAGAUGGACAUUUUUUUAAAAGAGAGAUUACGAUUAAAACUCGAUUCUUUGUAGUUGCGAAACGAAAAAAGGGAGGUAGCUGUUUUUUCGCAAAAUUAAAGAAUUGAAGAAUCGAUAUAUUGUCGAAUUAGGCGUGACGAUGAAGAUGCCUUUGCCUCAUCGUUCAUUAAAUAAGGAUAAUUCUGCAUCGUCUGUUGCGUUUUUACGGCACACGCAACAGCUGCUGCCGCGCACAAAUCUCUUUCCUAGGAGAAAGAAGAACUCGCGCAGCAGACAGACGAAUUCCGUGACCGCUCCUUGACUCGAUCCACACUCGUUCGUCAACUUGGCAAUAUAGGUAUUAUGUAUAUUGUCAUAAUUUUAUCCUAAAACUUUGGCCCCUCUCCUUGCCCUGCCUGCGCAAUUUUUGUGAUAUUACUGUUUUUUAUAAUUACUUAAGAGCUUGGAAAGAGAAAACGGUAACAAUCCGAGCCACAUAUCCCUCGACGUAGGGUUUAAACGAAAAGUUCGCAGUCAUGACUUAAUCUUUUCUUAUCGCGUAUAAUAUAUGUAUGUAUGUGUAAAUAUUGCAUAUAAAUCGACGUUAUCACUUUUCGCCGAGUUACAUUUAAGAAUUCAAUAGCGGUUAACAAGACGAUUUUUUACACAAGUUACAUCGUUCACUCCUCGAUAGUUCCUAAGCUAGAACGGCCGAUUUUGUGUCGGUGAUAAAAAGUAAACGUGCUCAUAUCGCCGAUUCCGGGUUCGUCGUCGCGCGAAAUUUCGCAAUAGAAUCUAAAGUAUAUACGCGUGUCUUGUGAUUGUAAAUACGUUACCUCCUUUUCGAUCUCGGUAAUAGUUUCAGGUACUUUGCGAAUACAUUUAUAUCGAUACGUUUAUCUCAUCCGUCGAGGAAUCGUGUGGCUCGUAAUUACAUAUUAAUACGCUCGAAAAGCUCUCAGUCACGAUAAAAUCGAGAUAAUAAAUUUAUAAAACGAUUAUAAAGUAACAAGUGAAAUAACAUCUAUUUAUACAUAAUUAUAUUAAAUAUUACAAUGAUAUAAGGACUGAAAAAAUGAUUGCCGAUUGAUAUCCGAAAUUUUCAAUCUUUUUCUAUCAUCAGUGAACAAAAUUGAGUGCGAAGAUGUAUGCAUGGGAACAUAUAGUAACAGGGUGAUCAGCAGGCAAAGAAAAUUGUAGGG